AUGGCAAAAAGCUUAACCUACGUUCUCGCUUUCCGGCCACCGAUCCGAAUCCCAAAACCCGACCCGGAAAACCUCACUGUCCAAGUAUCCAUCACGCUCGGUUCCGCCCCAACAAAUCGCGCCGGAAAAUUCUUCCCGAUAAUCGACCACACGCCUUCGAAAACCGACUUCCGAUUCCCACGCUCGACUUUCCUCUCGACCAACCUACUCGACCAGCUCGACAAAAUAUCCGAAAUGCUCGACAGACUCGAAAUCCCUUUCCCCUUCCGAGAAAACAUCCAUUGGGGCAUUCUCGAUUUCCCCUCCGACAACAACAACAACAAUAGCCGUUCACUAAACCUCGACGAGAUCAAAUCACGACUCCUCGAAAACUUGCGCGCGUGCGCGAACGACGAGAGCGUGAGCAAAAUCGACGUUCGGAUUGGAAAACUGGAGAAAAUACGCGACGAGGAUUAUAAGAGACUGGCUGACGAGAGGGAGGGCCGUAGGAAUAACAGUCGAGGAGGGCGGGGCCCACUCGACGGGUGGAUAAGGGAGAAUUCGAACGACGUGAGGCUACGCGAUUCGCGGUGGUUCGGGAUAUUGCGCGGGCUUACCGUGAGGUCUCCCACGGAGAAUAAGUGCUUCGGGAUGAGGUCGGUGAAGGUGUUCGGAGGGGAAAACAACGACGAGUGCUCGAUUUGCCUCAAGGGUUUGAAGAAGGGCUCGGAGGCUAUACGGAUGCCGUGCGAGCACGUUUUUCAUGGAUUUUGUAUUCUGAGGUGGGUCUAUGUGAACCCGAGCUGCCCGUUUUGUCGGUCGAGAUUGUGUGAUGAUGGUGUCAUAGGGCCCGAAGAUGGAACAUUACUAAAUUAUUUUGACUAA